UGAUUUUGCAUUUCCAGGGAGAGGUCUGUAUGUAAACAAUACAGAUCUCUCCUCCGUCAGCACCAGCAUGCUGCUGUGUAUUGCUCUGCAUAGCAGAGCAAUACACAGCAGCAUGUUUCCCUAGUAAAACACACACACAGUAGCAAAACAGCACACAGUUAACCCUUUGAUCGCCCCAGAUGUUAACCCCAUUCCUGCCCAGUGUCAUUAGUACAGUGUUAGUGCUUUUUAUUAGCACUGAUCACUGUAUUAGUGGCAGUGGCAGUUAUUCAGUUCCCACCCAUUGUCAGAAUGCCCGCCGCAGUCCCGCUAUA